CACUCACAUUUCGUGACAACUGCAUCUUAUCCCCGACCUGAAUCCACACGUGCACAUAUGCAUCUAAAAGUUUAAGUUCUUUUUUCCUUAAAUGACAUCCAAGAUUGUAAGCUUCUUUAAGACUUAACAUUCUAAUAGUUGAGUUAGCGCUUAAAACACGCGCUCCGUCACCAAUAGCGCGAGCGGGAGCGUGUACUACAUAAAUGUCGUAUGUGAUUCAAUUAAUUGAAAUAUCCAGAUUGAUUGUGCAUUGAAAAAGUGAACAUAAGUGAACCACAACAAUAAAAUGGAGAAAACCGCACAGUGUCGAUCACUUCUGGCGCAAACAAUAGCUAGUCUAGCGAAGGAUUUCAACCUGAUUUUGUCCGGCAUAGCAUUGUCGAUACCAACUAUUGCCAUCCCGGAGUUAACUGACAAGGAAAAGGGAACAAUGUCCUACUUGGAAGCAUCCUGGUUUGCAAGCAUGGUGCCUCUAUUUCUGGUCAUCGGAACUCUUCUCUCCGGUUUCACUGCAGCCUACAUGGGUCGCAAACGGGCAAUGCUAGCCGCGACAGUUCCUCACAUGGUAGGUAUGGUGUUACUCUGCUUUGUGAGAGGCGUAGUUCCAGAUUUCGUAGGAAUUUCUUUAUUGGGAUUCGGAAUGGGACUAGGAGAGUCAGCUAUAUCAACCUAUAUUUCCGAAACAAGUGAAGCUCGAUAUCGAGGUAUGCUUCUAGCCAUUGCCAGUAUAAUGGUUCAACUUGCUACGCUUGUAAUUUUUGCACUUGGCUCCAUGUUUACUUGGCGGACAACAGUCCUUUUUGUACUUGGUGUCCCAUACUUCACGGUAGUUAUCAUCGCAAUAGUUCCAGAAGCGCCACUAUGGCUUAUUUCCAAGAAUAGGAAUGAUGAUGCCCUAAAAACCCUCCAAUGGCUCCGAGGGUGGACCACUCCAGAACAAGUUAACUCUGAGUUUCGACAAAUGCAGCUGCAGUAUGACGUCUCUAAGGCAUGCGAAAAUUGUAUAGGCAAUGGUAAAACCAGUUCUUGCACCCACAACGAUAAAAGGGGGUUGAAAAAAUUGGGGGAAAUAUUUGCCUGGCGGAAUUUUGCAGUAUUCAAAAUUGUUAUUAUGUUGUUUCUCAUCAAUCAUUUAUCCGGGGCCUUCCCGAUGCGUCCUUUCAUCAUUCAAAUAUUGCGAGCCUAUGGAGUAUCUAUCGACGAGUAUCUGGCAACUGUUGUAAUAGGCGCGGCAAGUGUCGUAGGCAAGAUCCUGUCUGUGGUCGCCAUCAAGAUGUUUGGAAAGCGUGUGGUGGGGAUGACUGCCCUAACUGCUACCUUCUUGUCACUUCUCGGACUAGCACUUUAUGCCAAUCUUCGUUUUCCAUCUAACUGGAUGUCCUUCAGGCAUGAGAUACCGGAUACGAUUUCAACCAGCAUCAUUCCAUUGUUGCUAUUCACGCUUUACUAUUUCAGUCACAAUUUCGGAAUCGAGAGCAUGCCUUUCAUCGCACUUUGCGAAAUGUUCCCUUUCAGAAACCGAUGUAUGUGCACCAGCCUAUCGAUAGCCAUUGGUCAACUCAUCAACUUCGCCGUAACUAAGAGCUACAUCUAUUUAGAGACUGGACUGACUCUUGCAGGGGUAAUGUGGUUCUUUGCGAGCGUUUGCCUUAUCGGGAUCUUUCUCGUCUAUUUUUUCAUGCCCGAAUCAGAAGGUGUUUCAAUGCAACAAAUUGAAUUAUUCUUCACAGACAAAAAGAGGAAAAUUACGGACGUGAACAUAAAAGAAUUCAUGCGAAAGACGGAGGAACUAAAAGAAAAUACAUAUCUAUAAGUUCUUGCUACUUGCUGGAAAAUCUGUGAUAAAUUUCAUUCAAUCAGUUCAAUGAGAUUAUCUUAUUCAGACUGAAAAUUGGCUAAGAAAUGGUAACGUUUAUGUAUUGUUAUAUUUAUCGUAGAAUAAGUGCACAAAGUUGAUACCAAUAAUUUUGUAUUACGAAUGAAAAUUUUUAGCUUAAAA